UGACAGGCUGCAUCACUGUCUGGUAUGGGGGAGCAGGGGGGCUACUGCACAGGACCGAAAGAAGCUGCAGAGGGUUGUAAAUUUAGUCAGUUCCAUCUUAGGUACUAGCCUACAAAGUACCCAGGAUGUCUUUAGGGGGUGGUGUCUGAGAAAGGCUGCAUCCAUUAUUAAGGACCUCCAGCACCCAGGGCAUGCCCUUUUCUCACUGUUACCAUCAGGAAGGAGGUACAGAAGCCUGAAGGCACACACUCAACGAUUCAGGAACAGCUUCUUCCCCUCUGAUUCCUAAAUGGACAUUGAAUUUGUGAAAAACACAAAAUGCUGGCAGAACUCAGCAGGCCAGACAGCAUCUAUGGGAGGAGGUAGUGACGACGUUUCGAGCCGAAACCCUUCAUCGGGAACCUGUGAACUCGACCUCACUUUUUAAAUAUAUAUUAUUUCUGUUUUUGACACAUGCUGGUAAUAAUGAAAGCUAUUUUGAUUCUGAUUUAACAUUGCAUCAGUGAUAGUACAGAGUCCUCUACUAAUAGAUUGGGCAGGACUUACAUACAACAUCAAACAAGACCCUUCGGCCCACAACGUUGUGCCAAUCUUUUACCCCACUCUAUGAUCAAUCUAACCCUUCUCUCCAAUGUAGCCCUCCAUUUUCCUAUCAUCCAAAGAGUAUAAAUCAAAGAGUUUCUCAAGUGUCCCUAAUAUAAAAAUAUUAACCUCUGAUAUUCCCCCAAUCUUUCCUCCAAUCGCCAUAAAAUUAUUCCCUCUUGUUUCAGCCAUUUCCACUCUGGGAAAUUGUUUCUGGCUAUCCACUCAAUCUAUAGCUCUUAACAUCUUAUACACCUCUAUCAAGUCACCUCUUCUCCUCGUUUGCUCCAAAGAGAGAAGACCUAACUUGUUCAACCCAUCCUCAUAAGAUAUCUUCUCAAAUCCUGGAAGCAUCCUGUUAAAUAUCCUCUCUAAACCUUCCACAUUCUCCUUAUAUUGAGGCAAUCAGAACUGAACACAAUACUUCAAGUGUGGUCUAACCAGAGAUUUAUAAACCUGCAACAUUACCUCGCAGCUCUUGAACUCAGUCUCCCAAUUAAUGAAGGUCAACACACAUCUUCUCAACAACCCUCUCAAAUUGCACAGCAACUUUAAAAGUUCUAUGGAAGUGGACCCCGAGAUCUCUCUGUUAAAGGGACUUUUUCUCUUGAAAGACUUUUCUAAGUCCAAGAUGAUGUAGUCAUUGUUGGAACAAGAUUAUCAGCCUGUGCUUGGCUUCAAAAUAGAGAGUUUCUGACUUCGAGGCUCUUCGGUAAUUUCUGAAGAUUUCCACAGUAAUUGGAGUUUUGAUAGAGUAUUGGAGUAUCUGAUCUUGUUACAAAUAAAAUAAAUGACAGAAUUUAAAUUUAUUUUUACACAAGCAGGAGAUAUUUAACCUCAGAGCUGAGACCCAUGCUGAGUAUCAUUUGUACUGGCUCCUGACCAGAAUUUUUUGAUCCGUUCAUGAUGAUUCGUUCCUGAGGAAAUAACUGCAAAUAUAACUUGUCCAAGAAUCAGGAACCUCAACAACUGUUACUUCUGUAAUGUCAAGAGGAAACAAGAAAUUAUUUAAGAGAAGCUGCUGAUUGAACAGCAACACCACUGAAACCCCGAAUAGCACAAUGCGGAUUAGUUUAUGCCAGCUUCUGCUGACUGGGGCAAUACUGAUUAACCUGGUGGUUCUGUACUAUGUCUCCAGAACCCAACAGCAAAUGCUGAAGCACAAGGAGCCUGGGAAAGUUGCCUCUCGGAGGCUGUCACUGUCGCGAGUCACUGGAAUCACCGUGCUGAUCAGAGAGUUUGAGGACUUUGAGAACUGGGUGGUAGGCGUUGCACAGUCCUUCACCAAGGGAAGGCAGGAUCAGCCCAUUGUGGUGGUCGCUGACAAACUACCCUACCCACCGCUGGGGCUGCCCGAUAAGCCGAAUAUUCAGAUGGCCCUGCUGAAAGCAUCUCCUGAUCAGCCACCCCAUGUCAUUAGACCUGAGUUCUAUAUCAAGACAGAGUACACCCUUCUCGUGCCAGAUGGAGCACAAUUGGACUCAGCCCAGCAAAUUGAGCACCUUCUUCAGGAAUUCGAGGCCAACAAGGAGAAAGCUCGAAUGGUUGCCGCCCCCGUUCAGCCUUCAGGAAUGUUUCAAUGUCUAAACUUGCGGGUUAACCUAAAGGAAUGGAGUGCAAUUUAUAGCCUGUCUGCCAGUCAGCUUUGUGAUGCCAUUGGGGGAGAUGCCGUGGUUCUCCUUCGGACAGAAGACUUGUUCAACCUCUCUCAGCCUAUGCUGAGGCCACUCAUGACUUCCCUCUUCAUUCAGUCUUCGCUGCAUGGCUGGAGGGUGAAGACAGCAGAUAAUGUGGCUUUCUCUUCAUACCAGCGCUCUCUGUACAUGUCGGCCCACAAUCAGUGGAAGGCUGACAACAAUGCCAAAGCAAGGUUGGCUCAGCUCUUCAAAGACUUUGGCAUAAAGCGAGUGGUCGAGGCUGACGGGAAGGAGCACUGGUACGGGUGCGGCAAAGACACUCCUCGCUGUUUUGGCACUGUGUAUGACGACACCCCCGAAUACCUAUAUGAAAACAAGUGGACUCCGCCUUGCUGCCUCAGAGCCUUGCGUGAGACCGCCAAGUACGUCAUAAAGAUCUUGGAAUCCGCAGGGGUCCGCUACUGGAUGGAGGGCGGCACGCUACUGGGAGCAGUCCGUCAACAGGAUAUCAUUCCCUGGGACUACGACGUGGAUUUUGGGAUUUACCUGGAAGACGUGGAGAAGUGCGAGUUGCUGAGGAGUCUGGAUUCGGGCUCAAUUGUUGAUGAGAAUGGCUACUUGUGGGAAAAGGCAGUGGAGGGAGAAUUCUACAGAGUGCAGUACAGUGAAAGCAAUCACCUGCAUGUUGACCUGUGGCCCUUCUAUCCCAGGGAAGGCAUCAUGACCAAAAACAGCUGGAUGGAUCACAAGCAGGACGUUGAGUUCCCUGAGCACUUUCUGAAGCCACUCGUACCCAUGCAGUUUGCUGGGGUCACUGCUUACGCUCCCAACAAUCACAGGCGGUUUCUGGAACUAAAAUUCGGGGAGGGCGUCAUCGAAAACCCUCAGUACCCAAAUCCUGCAAAGAAAAGACUGGAGAAGGUGUACUAGGUGGCGAGGGAGGGGGCUAUUAGGUAUCUCAGAAUGAAAUAUACCACAGUUAACACAAGGGGGGGGGGUUCAGUUGUUAGAAUUUUUCAAGAAGUAUUCUUGCUCUGUAACAUGAUAUCCCACGUUCUUGUUUCUUCUGAGCCAUUUUCUGGUUCCAUGACCACUGCCUUCUUUGUGCACAAAUGCAGAUAGGUAUGGUUGCUGAGCGGUUGAGAGGUAUUAGGGUUUGAGCUCAGUUUCAUCCAGGCUCAUGGUUUUCCAAUGAGGAGAGGCUGCGUCUCCACAGAAGCAGCAAUCCCGACUGAUACUGUCUUCUCCACUGAACACAACAAAAAUAACUGAUAGUCAAACAAAAUAACUGAUCUGACUUGUUAAAUCCUGUCCCUCUGUCUGUCAUCCAUCCAUCCAUACCUAGCCUUUCCUAGGCAAAGCUGCAUCUCCACUGAAGCAGCAAUCUCCCUACUGAUCGUCUGUUUCCUCGGUGCAAUCAAACUAAAGAUCUGAUCUGACUCAUUAACACAUCAAAUGGUGCAUUUGUCAACUGUCGAUGUAGAGAUGAUUUCAUUCUGUUAAAUCUAAUAAGUGAGACAAUGGAUUGAAUAAACAGAUCAUGGGAUAUAAAGAGACAAAUUUGCACAAGGAUCAUGGAGACAUCUCAAGACUCUUAACUAGAAGUUAACAGUCCCUGUUAGGACUGAACAUAUAAAGUGACCCAAUGUGCAUGCACAACUGGAAAUACUAAGGCAUGCAGAGCACUAGAGGGUGCUCUCUGACAAUCCAACGUAUGUGUUGAACAUGUCCCUAUCACAGCUAAGCUUCUGAUGUAUUACUUGAAAAGUCUGCUGCUAACUCUGUGCACCCAUAAUUUGAUGAACUACACCAUUACCCAAUAAAUGCAGUGUCCACUCCAAGUAUUUCUUGUAUUGCAUGUGUUCCGUUCACUUCAUCCAGCUAUUACUCUGAAUUUCCCAACAUAUUUCCAGUAUAACCAAUAAUCCUAACGUUGGAUCCUAACUUUAAUCAUUAACUUCAUUGGCUGCCUUUUAUUUAGUCCAUUAAUAU